AUGGCCCUUAUUGACCUCCACACCGUUGACACCCUGCAGCUUUACGCUCCUCGUGCGUCUAAAGUUGAUCGGACGACGGUAAAGGGGAAAAUCCUCGGCGGGGAGGUCUUCUCCAACUUUAGCCGGUCCGAACGUAGGGCAAUAUGGAAGAAGAUCCGGAGCCAUGAAAUGUGCGACGGCAUCAUCCCAUCCCUUCAUACGUUUUUCCGCGAUAUUUCCUACCUGGAACUCUGUGCCAACUCCGUGAAACGGCUGGUUGUUUUAAACAAGCAACAGCUGACCGUGCGAAGCGCGCUAGUCCAUAGCUUUCGAUCCCGUCGCUCUAACGGGUCUUGUCUAAUCCAGACAUCGGAGACUUCUUUUCGCCGACUGCCUGGAUCCAGGGGUGAACGUAUAUCCUCUGGUUAUCGUCAAAUCUGGAUGUACGCGAUGCGACACUACCCGGACAUGGCCAAGGAUCUCCAGUGCGGCCCAAAGGCUAAUCCCACGCGGGCAAAGGCACGAGCGAGGGCGGACGAGGGCGUGAUUCAUGGAAUGGCCACUCUUGCCAAGAAGCUGGGAUUUCGUACUCCACCAAUUAAGGCGAUCUUACGACAAUCACCUGACCACCAGAUUGCCCGGGCUGCCCUGCUCAAAGCGCGGAAGCCGGACCACUACCACUAUGACCGUGAGACCUUUGAGUCUCUUGUCGAGCAGAUUGCUGGUUGUUUUGCGCUCGCUAUCCCCAACGAGGCCGCACCGGUGGCGCAUACCACUGGAUGGGCAAUCCAGCUAAAGGAGCGCUGUGGAGUGCCUCAGGAGCAAACCCAGCAACUAGACCGCCCGCAUAUCUUCUUUGACACUCUACACUCGGCAACGGUGUCGCAAAGAAACCUCUCAUCGCUGGAGGUGAGACGAAGCGUUUACUACGCGUUUUUCGGCAAGCCGACCCCAGCAACCACCCCACGUGCUUCUCUGGGGCCGCCAUCGUCCCACGAGCCUCUUUCACCAUUAUUUAUCCCCAGCGAUGUUCCGAGAUCAGAGUCGGAACCAGCCUACGACAAUAUGUCGAGAGACGGCUUUGAUGAGGCGGCAUUCCAUGGCCGUCAGGAUCGUUCGGACACCCCCGAAGAGCAACAUCAGAGGCAAGGAGAUCGAUGGCAUCGACAUCAAGACAGACAGCCGGUGGUGGAGCACGUCCCACCUCAUCCCCAAGAGCCUUCCAUACCAAGUUCCAUCAGAGCGGCGUCUACUAUCUCUGAGAUCAUGGAUACGGAUUGCGAAAGGUCUGACGCAGAACAUCCGAUUCGACGGCAGAUUGCCGAACAACCGCCGGCAGGUAGCAGAGGAAUGGAUUCUGACAGUGAGGAACCGGAAGAUACGGAGAUCGAUGAAGAUGACCUACGUAACCGAUCAGAGGCUGGGAGUCCUGGGGUGGGGGGCACAGCCGUUGUGGUUCCUUCGACUUCAGGGGCGCCACACGAUACGGAUAUGUCCAGCGUACCAGACGAAGGAGCAGAUGCAGUGAACGGGGUUAUGGAAAUGGGUUCAUCCACACUGACCCAAUCCGAGUCGGUGGAAGAUUGUGCUGGUAUGCCAGCUACAUUACCACGCCAGUCAAGUGUUCAGUCACCAACAAUCCUCUCAGUGCGUAACUCGGAACCAAGCGCGGAGCAACGGCCUGGAUUUGGUCCGUUGCAACCCAUCGCAGAGCACACGGAGCUGGAAGUAACUCGGUCGGUCGACCAGCCGGAAGGCCCGGAGCAUAUUUCUGGAGGACCAUUCCCAGCUGAAGCUGUGCAAGGAACAGUCGGAGAGCAAAUUCCGCCCGGAACGGAGCUCAUCACCGGAGCGGGUGACGAAUCCCAAGAAGAUCUAGUCGCCCGGGAACGCGCAGAUGCUCUUAAUCAGCUACAAACGCCUGGGGCUAUCCCCCGGCCUGUGACUGAGCUUCCCCUGGACUUGCCGGACUUGAUUACACGAUUGCGGGACGAGGGAAGCCAGCUGGAGGAUGACAGUGUACCCCUUGCCAAUCAUUCAACGCAGGGACAUCCGGAACCGGGCACUGGAGUUGCUCCGCCACAUGAAUUAUGGAAUAGUGAUGAUGGGGAUGAAAACUUGACCGGUGCUGCUGACGCGGGCCCCUCUCCACUGGACACCGAACGAUACCCAGCCAAUACACCCGAUCCGGAACAGGCUCAUCGCGAAGCGAUUGACAGACAGGAAGAGGAGGAUUCCCUGUUUGAUACUCCGCAUCCGUUGGAAGAAGCGGACUCCCAAGGGAUGGCAGAGACCCAGCGGUGGGUCACGAUAACCUUCCAGGUCUACGAGCGAAGUCAAUGGAGCACUACGGAUGUGGUGUCUGUGAGCCCUGAUCACCUUGCUGAGGCGCAGAUUCUUGCCGACGGAUAUGCACGGGACCCCAACCGGAAUGCACGUUUCUACGAUGGCCAACUCCGCAAAGUUGCGGUUGAUGAGUGCAUUCGCGCUGCGAUUGACGAUGGUAGUUUCACCGUCCUGAUGAGUUUUGGAAGGGACCUCGUGGUGACCCGGCAGCUUGUCGCGUCUAUAGCACCGCUUCGGGCUGUUGGCGGUGAUGAGCCAGCACGUGGGCAGGACCAACCUGGAAAGCGGGUGAAAACCAACGCCGGCACUGCAUUGGCCGAUCCCGUUCGAACGCCGGAGGAUCCAGCUCCGACGGCGACCAGUGCACCCACCUCGAGUGUGAGCGAGCGACGCAACCGCAAAAAACUCACGCCUCGGAUCGUCGCUCGGCGGGCGCAGGUUGUGCGGCCCCAUCCGGCAGAGGCAACUCCUCAGCCCGUGACGAUCGUGUUCCGGGUCCGAGAAAACGAUGGGCGUUGGACGACGGCGCACGAGGUGGUCGUUGAUCGGUCGGAUCCAUCGCAAGUAGAACGGGUGGCGAGAAAAGAAGCGAGGAACCGGCAGGCAACGUUCUACGAUAAGAAUCUGCGGCUGCUUACGCCCGCACAGUGCUUCAAGGCAGCCAUUGAGGAUGACGCCAAUACCAUUUUUAUGCACUUCGGGGGGGAGCUUGCGAUGGACGAAGACACGAUGAGGUCGAUCGCACGCGACAUGGAACUAUAA